UGCUUUAUUAACAGGCAAUUAAUUUAUAAUUAUCCUGAACAGCUUUUUGGUGCUGCUGGUGUCAUGGCUAUUGAGCAUGCAGAUUUUGCAGGUGUAGAGCGCCUGGCCCUUGUUACAGGUGGAGAAAUUGCUUCUACCUUUGAUCACCCAGAACUGGUGAAGCUUGGAAGUUGCAAACUUAUUGAGGAAGUCAUGAUUGGAGAAGAUAAACUCAUUCACUUUUCUGGGGUUGCCCUUGGUGAGGCUUGUACCAUUGUUUUGCGUGGUGCCACUCAACAAAUUUUAGAUGAAGCAGAAAGAUCUUUGCAUGAUGCUCUUUGUGUUCUUGCCCAAACUGUGAAGGAUUCUAGAACAGUAUAUGGAGGAGGCUGUUCUGAGAUGCUGAUGGCGCAUGCUGUGACACAGCUUGCCAGUAGAACACCAGGCAAAGAAGCUGUUGCAAUGGAGUCUUAUGCUAAAGCACUGAGAAUGUUACCAACCAUCAUAGCUGACAAUGCAGGCUAUGACAGCGCAGAUUUGGUGGCACAGCUCCGAGCUGCUCACAGUGAAGGCAAUAUAACUGCUGGACUGGAUAUGAAAGAAGGUACCAUAGGAGAUAUGGCAAUAUUGGGCAUCACAGAAAGUUUCCAAGUGAAGCGGCAAGUUCUUUUGAGUGCAGCUGAAGCAGCAGAGGUGAUUCUACGUGUGGACAACAUCAUCAAAGCAGCACCAAGGAAACGUGUCCCUGAUCAUCAUCCCUGUUAAGCAUUCCCAAAUGCUGUUGAUCUCUGGACCAGUUCAUAACAAAGUUCUAUUUGAAAGAUUUCAACCUUUAGAAGAAACCUGUGGAAUCGAUGGCUGGCUGUGCCCAUUAUAUCCUUAAGUUUGGACAUUAGCUGACCUUCUGUUUUAACGUGGGUCUAAUUUAUUUGCUGUUUAAUUUCCAUACAAUUCAGUUGAUUUAAAAGUUCAUUUCUCAUAGCGUGCAUUAAAAUUUUGAACA